CCAGUUUGCAAACUUCCGGCAAGACCUGGCAGCCAUUCUUUCCUUCCACAACACAACAGGACGAGCGCCGCAUUACAGAAUCUUCCUGUCGCCAUGGCUUCCUCCACCGUCGCCCGCGCCUCCACCUCCGUUGCUGCCUUCCAGAAGGUCGAGGUUGGCAAUGCUGCCACCAAGGCGUCCCGCGCGUUUGCGGCCGUCCCGGUGUCGAGCAAGAGGGGUCAGUCUCUGAUGGUCAGGGCCAGCGCAAAGGAGGAGGCUGCGGUGCCGAGGAGGGCUAUGCUCAGCUUGCUAGCAGCGGCUGCCGUGAGCGUGGGGACUGUGCAGAGGGCGAACGCAGAGGCCACUUCCAUUAAGAUUGGACCAUCACCGAAGCCAUUCGGUGGCCUCCCCGGAACAAAGAAUGCCGAUGAGGCCCGGGACCUCGACCAGCCGCUGAAGCAGCGGUUCUUCCUGCAAUCCGAGGAUGUCGCAGGGGCGCAGGCCCGGCUCAAGGCCUCUGCCGCCGCUAUCCAGGACUCUGAGAAGUACAUUGCCAAGAAGGCGUGGCCGUUUGUCCAGAACCAGCUGCGCCUUGAGGCUCAGUACCUGAACUUUGACAUUGACACUAUUGCUAGCAGCAAGUCCAAGGAGGAGAAGAAGGCGAUCAAGGCCCUGCAGAAGUCUCUGAACGCCGAGCUCGACUCUCUUGACUACGCUGCCAGGAAAAAGAGCCAAGAGAAGGCCAAGGAGAGCUACGAUAAGGUUGUAUCGAUCUUGAACGACGUCAUCUCCAAGGCAUAGAUGGGGUGCUGAUCAUUGCUCUUUCUAGAGCCCCCUUAUUGUGCUUUUGCAGACUGUACAAUUUAACAUACGAAUUGCAUAAACAAGCGAAUCUGGAACUGUGGGGACCGCUGGGACAGUUUCGAGUCCUUCCUUCGAGUUGCGUUGACCUAGGAUUGAGGGUUGCUCCAUACAACCGCGUCUGUGUUUUCAGCAAGUCCGUUGACAAGCAUAUGGCUGUGAACAAUUGGAGCAUUCAUUCUUGCCAUUCUGUCCUGAUCCAGCACUUUCACUUGAUACAAGCUGCUCGGUAUGAGGUGGUGAAUCUAACUAGGCACUACUAAUGCUAGCACCAUUAUGAUCAGCCCUGCAUUCACACCUCAGAGCGCGCAUGUAGCUAGGUUCUGCCUUGUCUUUGGAUGUGUCAGUCAGGUUACCCCUGUGACUACAGUCCUUCUGUAGUGGAGUGCAUCCGUUCUGAUA